AUGCUCGGGCUCGUGUUUCUGCUUCUAAGCUGCGUGGUCGCAGUCCAGACCAAGCCCAAACAAGAAACCUUUGUCCCCUUCUUGACCACCCAACGCAAAAAUAUAGUCUCCUCAGGAUCCUCCUCUCCAGCAACAACUUCUUCGUCUUCAGCGAAUAAUGUCUCGGGAUGGUUCACACGGAAUAUCUUGCAACCCCUGACAGGUGGACCUCGUAUCCCUGAACACACUAUCACGGACUAUUUCUUUUUCCAGAUGGCAACUCUGAACGAUGGCUCGGGAUCGUACAUUGGAUUGUUCAGUCAGUGGUUUGUCCUAUCGGAACUGCGGGAAGUCUCUGAGAAGGAUGGACCGACUAUUGGUAGAAGCAGUGGUGGUAGAACAAGAAGUGAAAAUGUGUAUGAGGGACAAGCAGAGGCACAUAAGCAGAACGCCAUCCAGGCCAAAGGCAAGCGUGAUUACCAUGGCGCAGCGAGGGCGUAUGUCGAGGCGGCCAAGUCGUACGAGAAGAGUGGCUCAGACUUCAAUAUGAUGGAAGCUGCAGGAGCAUAUGAAGAUGCCUUCAAAGCCUACAACAUGGUUCAGCAGACAGGACCUGGAAUUCAGUGUCUAGAGAAUGCUGCAAGAUUGUUCAGGAAGAAUGAGCGUGGAGGAUCGAGGGCAGCCAAGAUCUACACUCAACUUGGGGACCUUGUAAAGACUCAGGAUACCAAAAAGGCUGUAGAGAUGUACCGUGAAUCCGCAGAGCUGUACAAGAGCGAAGGGGAUGGACGUGCAUUGCAUGCGACGAUCAAGCUGACAGAAUUGCUGUGCGUGUUGCAACAGUUCCAACAGGCCUACAACCACUACAACGACACCAUCAUCCCCGAAACUAUGUCUCAAGAGAUCCUUCAGUACACGGCCCGGGACCAUAUCGUGAACGCUAUCCUGGCACACCUGGGUGCUACAAAUUCAGACUGGAUUAUGCUGGCGAGUGAUCUGACUAGGUUUGAGGAGUUGUGCCCGGAUUUCCGUGGUUCGGCAGGAUGCAAGGCGUUACAGGCGCUGGCGGACGCAGAGUGGGAACGCGACCCUCAGGCGUUCCAGGGGGCCUGCCAGGCUAUGAAUCGGUUGAGGACUGGCGGGAUGCCGGAUUGGCAGGUGGGGCUUUUGUUGGCCGAGAAGAAGAAGUUGGAGGGUGGAGACCUGUUGUAA